AUGUGGUGGCAUUGCUUGCUUCGUCUUCAUCUCUUUCCUGUACAAGCGUUUGAUGGCUGCGCGAACGGGAUCGCAGAUCGGACAUCCAAAAUUAGACCGACUUGCCGCCCAGAUCAAGAGUGGCGCGAUCGCUUUUUUGAAGGAGGAGUACCGAGUUCUGGGUUUCUUCGUUGGUGGUGCCGCGUUUUUGCUGUUCUUGAUUUAUGACUCAUUGUCGUUGAGGGAACAAUGUAUAAUGAGGGGACAACGAAUGUAUACUUUUUUUGUUUUCUUGAAAUAUGAAAAUUGAGUAAUCCUCCGAUCUUCAAGACAUACCCUUCUUGAUCAACUACGUGUCUUGUUUUAGUUCAAGAUACGAUGAUUUGAAUGAAUUGAAAAAUUCCCUCAUCGUCCUCACGAAAGAUGUCUACAAGCUUGAGGCUAAGCCCUUUCAUGCUCUCUUCGCCGGCAAGCAAGGCAUCGUUAUCGGCUUUCGCGUAGCAUUCUGCUUUCUGACAGGAGCAGCGCUUUCCGCGCUAGCAGGAUGGUGCGGCAUGCAUGUCGCGACAGACGGUAA